ACGCCUCAUUUCUCCUCCUCCUCCUCCGCCACGCACACACUGCUACUCGCCAAAACCACACUCUUCCCGCUCAUGCAUGUUUCUUCGCGCUUUCAGAGCACAAUCCCUCUCUCAUAAACCCCAUUUUCGCGCUAUUCAAUCUCCCCCUCCUCCAUUUUCAGCCGACGACGCCUUUUCCGACGUCUCAGCUCUGAUCAAGAAGCCCAAAUGGCAGAGCAACCCUCGCUUAGAAACCCUAGUUUCCCACUUGAGCCCCAAAUCAGUUUCCAGAAUCAUAGCCUCGCAAAGCGGAGAUGUCCCACUCUGUCUCACUUUCUUCAAAUGGGUAUGCAAAAAAUCGACGUAUUGCUACGAUUUAGACAGCAGAAUUCAGCUGCUGCAUAUGCUGGCGUCUGAUAAUCUGUGGGAGGUUACGCAUAAGGUGUUGAUUUUCUUAAUUAAAGAGUGUUGCACUUCGAAAGAAGACAUUUUGAAGGCUGCUGAGAUGUUUGUUUCCACAGUUUUGAAACUCGGGUUCGCGUUGGAUGUUCAUCUCUGCACAUCUCUAGUUUUGGGUAAUUGCAGAGCUCGGGAAGUUGAUGAAGCAUUGGAGGUGUUUGAUGUAAUGUCGGGAGAGGGCGGUUGUGGUGUUAACAGUGUGACGUAUACGAUCCUUGUGCACGGUCUGUGUGAAGUAGGGAGGUUGGAAGAGGCGUGUGGAUUGAGAGAGGAGAUGAGUGAGAAGGGGUAUAGAUCUAGUGCGUGUACGUAUACUGUGUUGAUCAAAGCUAUGUGUGAUCAAGGAUUGAUGGAUCGAGCGUUUGGUUUGAUGGAUGAGAUGGCGGGGGAAGGGUGCAAGCCUAAUGUUUACACGUAUACAGUGCUUGUGGAUAUGCUGUGUAGAGAGGGAAGAAUCGAGGAGGCGAAUGGGAUGUUUAGGAAGAUGCUGAGGGAUGGAUUGAGCCCUAACAUCGUGACUUACAAUGUGCUGAUCAAUUGCUAUUGUAAGGAGGGGCUUGUGGUUUCUGCUUUCGAGCUGCUCGGGUUGAUGGAGAGAAGGCAUUGCAAGCCUAAUAUACGGACGUAUAAUGAGCUCAUGGAAGGGUUGUGUAACAUUGGGAAAUCUCACAAGGCAGUGGCUUUGUUGAGAAAGGCUAUAGACAAUGGCCUCUUUCCAAAUGAAGUAACCUUCAACAUUCUCAUUUCCGGGUUUUGUAAGGCGGGUCAGCUGAGUAUGGCUCUCAAGGUUUUGUGUGCCAUGAGCUCAUCUGGGGUUGAACCUGAUCAGUUUUCUUAUACUGCAUUUGUGGACAGCCUCUGCAAGAUGGGGAGACCUGAGCAAGCAUGUGUUUUUAUAGGACUCGUUGUGAAGAAGGGUCUUCCUGUUGAUGAGGUGGCCUUAACUGCACUCAUCCAAGGCUACUGCAAGACGGGGAGGGAUAGAUACGCGCUUAUGCUCCUGGAACGAAUGGUUGAGGAUCGGUGUUUGACAAGCCCUCAUGCUUUCAACAUACUUCUUGAUGUUCUUAGCAAGGAAGUUGAGCUAGUUCGAGGAAAUGUUGUGUUGGGGAAGAUGUUGAAGCAUGGUUUGGCUCCUUCUGUCAUUACUUACACGUUAUUGGCUGAUGGGUUGUGUCGAGCAGGUGACAUGGCGGCUGCCUUGAGAAUGCUGGAGCUCAUGAAGGAGGCUGGCUGUCCUCCGAAUGUCUACACGUACACUAUAGCCAUCAACGGCCUUUGCCAGAGUCGAAAACUGGAGGACGCGGAGGAUCUUUUGGUUGAAAUGUUUAGGGCUGCAGUUUCACCAAAUGCGAUUACAUAUGCUCUGCUGAUCAAGUCAUACGUUGCAGUUGGCUGUUUGGACCGCGCUUUUGAACUUUUUCGUACAAUGUUCAAGGCGGGCCUUCGACCAAACAGCCAAACAUACACCGCGUUGCUUUCUGGGAUUCUUGAUAUUGAAACUGCAGAUUCCGACGAUAGCUCCACCCACUUGCUGUUUAUGAAAAUCGGAAUCAACCACGCGUUGGAGCUCCUGCGCAGGGUCACAGAGUGCGGUGGCGACCCUUGUGACGUGUAUGCCUUCCUCAUCACAGGCCUGAGCAGAGCGGGGCGAAUAUCAGAAGCCGGUGCUCUCAUCCAACAAAUGGCGAGCUCAGGCCUCACCCUCAGCAGCGAUGCUUGCGAUAGCGUGAUCACGUCCUUGUGCAUACGCGAUGAGUAUGGUCUUGCUCUUGCGUGGAUCAGGAGGCUCGUUGCCUAUCGCCACGCCCCGUCUCUUGGAUCAUACGGCUCUGUGAUCCUCGGGCUUCGGAGGGAGGGGAGGACUCAAGAAGCUGAAACUCUGGUGUAUGAACUUGUGAGGGAUGCUGGUGUUAAGGAUGAGAGAGUGAUCUUGCCAUAUAUUGGUUUCUUGAUGAAGGGAGGAGAUGAGUUUUGUUAUUCUCUUCAGAUUUUGGAUUUGAUUGGACAAAUUGGGUUGAAGGAGAGGCCAAUUCUUUAGUACAGUAGUUUGGUUUAAACAAAUGUAGGGUGGGAAAAUUCAUCUCGUUCACUAGCGACAUUUUUUUUUGAAUGGAGGUAGUAUUAGAGAUUUGUGGGAUAGGUUGAUUUGGCCCAAAUUUAUUGAAACAAAAAAUUACUACGUAAUAUUAAUAAAAA